GCAUUCUGUGCAGCCUAAACUGCUGCCAUGGCGGCUAUGGCCAGCUGUGAGCUGGCGUCUGGCGAUCUGGGCAAUCCUUGGUUAGAUGAACUACCGGGAGUCUUUGCCGGUGCCUUCCUAAGGAAGAAAAUAGAGCAGCACUUCGUCUCCACCCUUGGUGGUGAGGUGCAUACCUAUUCUCAGACCGGCCUCAAGCUGCACUUUCUACAGCCAUCCGCCCCGUACUUUCAGUCUGACCAUUUAGAACGCCAAGAAAGCAAGAAGGGCUGUGUGGUGUUCUUGCAUGGAGGCGGAUUUCUUGGUGGUGCACCAUCCCAAGUCUAUCCAUAUGCCAAGGCCGUGUCGCACCAUUAUGGUAUCCCCACUGCGUGUUGUGAAGUGAGCUGCCUAUUGACACAUCCUCGCUCGAAGGUGCCAUUCGAGAGCGUCGAAGAUGCCAGACGCUGCGUGAACUAUCUAAAGGACAAAGCAGACGACCUUGGCCUCGACCGAGAAAAGAUUGUCCUUGCAGGGGCAUCAAGCGGUGGCCACACUGCUGCAAUGGCAGCCUUGGGCGCCGAAGAACCUGGCCUUGGCCUUGCUGGGCUUUUGCUUUUCAAUCCAGUGUUGGACCUGCAGUUCCGAGAACGCUGGCAAGAGCGUCGAUGGUGCACAUGGCUGGGCUCCAGUGCCCUUCGAUGGCGUUUUGGGAAGGAAACGUUAGAUGACGAAUCGCCAAUCCUGCGCGCUCGUCACUUGCCGCAACCUACCCUGAUCCUCCAUGGCACAGAGGAUCACUUGGUGCCACUCCAAGAGGUGCAGCAUUUCCAGGAAAAGAUGGAAUGCCUCGGCAGCGAUUGCAAAGUGGUGACAUUUCCAGGUGAGGGACAUUUCUUCUUCAAUUGGAGGGUUUCUCCUGUAAACUUUCAUCGGUGUGUUGGCCUUCUUGGAGACUUCUUGAAACAAGUUGGUGUUUUGAGCUGACCAAAUUCAACCUGACUCAGCUCAGCAUGUCAGCGGAUGAUUUUGAUUCGCUUGGGCACUCUUAGCCCAAGGGUGUGGAAGUGCACCUUUGACAGGCAAGCUGGCCAAGAAUCAUGGUAAAAAUCAUGAUGUUUUCCCAGCGCAUUCCUUUGGGUGCGGCGAAUUCAGGGACCCUCAAUUCAAUUCUUGCGCAUUCGUCGUUUGGCUGGCAAACUCUGGUGUAGUAUGCCGCACAAAGACCAAACUACGCUAAGACACU